AUGAAUUUGUUGAUCUUCGGUGCCCCCGGCUGCGGAAAGGGUUCGGUGAGCGAGGCUCUUGAACGGGACUUUGGCCUGCUUCACAUUAGUGCCGGUGAGCUCAUGCGGGAGGAGGUGGAGAAGGGGACCCCCGUGGGACGACGGGUGGCAGCCCUCAUGAACGAGGGUAGCCUUAUCCCGGACAAGGUGAUUGUAGAUAUCAUGGUGAAGCGACUUCGGGAGCCGGAUGCCAGGGAGAAGGGUGUCGUUCUCGACGGGUUUCCGCGCACAUUGUCUCAGGCUCAAGCACUCACAGCAAAUGGAUUUGAGAUCGAUGCAAUGGUUUUCAUUAAUGUGGAUGUGAAGCUACUGGAGGAGCGUUGUCUGCAGCGUCGGAUGGAUCCUGUUACGGGGCGCAUUUAUAACCUGAAGAGCGAUCCACCACCAGAGUCCAUCAUGGGCCGCCUCCUCAUCCGCUCCGAUGACACGCUUGAAAAGCACCAGCGAAGGAUGAGGAUUUACCGCGAACAGAAGUCGGCUCUCAUGAAGCACUAUGAAAAGCUGAUAAUAGAGGUGGAUGGUAAUCCUCCACUUCCCGUGGUGUACGCGGCGCUACACGCGAAAAUUGAUCAGUUACGAAAAGCGAAGCGAAAAUGUAAACUCUGA